CUUCUGGGCAACCCGCAGCAUCGGCAAGAAGUCCUCGGGCAGCGUGGACCGCAGCCGCUGCCGAAAGCUCUGCUUUGUAUCGGAGAGGCAAGGUCAGUCCGACGCACAGCCAUCACUAGCAGUGCGCCUGUACUACGCUGCAAACCUUCUGCUUGCUGCUAACAUGCACUUGCUUCUUCUAAUCACUACCAUUGUUCCAUUCCGGACGAGUGAGGACCACCGCUAGACACCAUUCUGUAAGGGAUGGUGGCUGUUACUUUGUGAUGAGAUCGGGGAUGAAUUGCUCGCUUUAAAAAUGCUGCUUUGGAUUCUGCUGCUGGAGACGUCUCUUUGUUUUGCCGCUGGAAACGUUACAGGGGACGUUUGUAAAGAGAAGAUCUGUUCUUGCAAUGAGAUAGAAGGGGACCUACACGUAGACUGUGAAAAAAAGGGCUUUACAAGUCUGCAGCGCUUCACCGCCCCGACUUCUCAGUUUUACCAUUUAUUUCUGCAUGGUAAUUCCCUCACUCGACUUUUCCCUAAUGAGUUUGCUAACUUUUAUAAUGCCGUUAGUUUGCAUAUGGAAAACAAUGGCUUGCAUGAGAUCGUUCCGGGGGCUUUCCUGGGGCUGCAGCUGGUGAAAAGACUUCACAUUAACAAUAACAAGAUCAAGUCUUUUCGCAAGCAGACUUUUUUGGGGCUGGACGAUCUGGAAUACCUCCAGGCUGAUUUUAAUUUAUUACGGGAUAUAGACCCGGGAGCCUUCCAGGACUUGAACAAGCUGGAAGUUCUCAUUCUAAACGACAAUCUCAUCAGCACCCUACCUGCCAAUGUAUUCCAGUACGUGCCCAUCACCCAUCUGGACCUCCGGGGAAACAGGCUGAAAACGUUGCCCUAUGAGGAGGUCUUAGAGCAGAUCCCUGGCAUUGCUGAGAUCCUGCUGGAGGAUAACCCAUGGGACUGCACCUGCGAUCUGCUCAACCUGAAAGAAUGGCUUGAAAACAUCCCCAAAAACGCCCUCAUUGGCCGAGUGGUGUGCGAAGCCCCCACCAGACUGCAGGGUAAAGACCUCAAUGAAACCACUGAGCAGGACUUGUGUCCUUGGAAAAACCAAGUGGAUUCUAGUCUCCCUGCGCCCCCUGCCCAAGAAGAGACCUUCGCUCCUGGCCCCCUGCCAACUCCUUUUAAGACAAAUGGGCAAGAGGAUCAUGCCACCCCGGGGUCUGCCCCACACGGUGGUACAAAGAUCCCAGGCAACUGGCAGAUCAAAAUCAAACCCACCCCCGCGAUAGCGACGGGGAGCGCCAGAAACAAGCCCCCAGUUCAAGGCCUGCCCUGCCCCGGGGGCUGCAGCUGUGAUCACAUCCCGGGGUCUGGCUUGAAGAUGAACUGCAACAACAGGAACGUGAGCAGCCUGGCCGACCUGAAGCCCAAACUGCCCGACGUGCAGGAGCUCUUCCUGCGGGACAACAAGAUCCACAGCAUGCGGAAGUCGCACUUUGUGGAUUACAAGAACCUGGUUUUGUUGGACCUGGGCAACAACAACAUCGCCACGGUGGAGAACAACACUUUCAAGAACCUCUUGGACCUGCGGUGGCUGUACAUGGAUAGUAACUACCUGGACACCCUGUCCCGGGAGAAAUUCACUGGGCUGCAGAAUCUGGAGUAUCUGAACGUGGAGUACAACGCCAUUCAGCUCAUCCUGCCGGGCACGUUCCACGCCAUGCCCAAGCUGAGGAUCCUCAUCCUCAACAACAACCUGCUGAGGUCCCUCCCCGUGGACGUGUUCGCCGGCGUCUCGCUGUCCAAGCUCAGCCUGCACAACAAUUACUUCAUGUACCUGCCGGUGGCCGGCGUGCUGGACCAGUUGACGUCCAUCAUCCAGAUAGAUCUGCACGGCAACCCCUGGGAGUGCUCCUGCACCAUCGUGCCUUUCAAGCAAUGGGCCGAGCGCCUGGGUUCCGAGGUGCUGAUGAGCGACCUCAAGUGCGAGACGCCGGUGAACUUUUUCCGCAAGGACUUCAUGGUCCUGUCCAACGACGAGGUCUGCCCCCAGCUGUACGCCAGGAUCUCGCCCACGUUAACUUCGCACAGUAAAAACAGCACCGGGUUGGCGGAGACUGGGACGCAUUCCAACUCCUACCUAGACACCAGCAGGGUGUCCAUCUCCGUGCUGGUGCCGGGACUGCUCCUGGUGUUCGUCACCUCCGCCUUCACGGUGGUGGGCAUGCUGGUGUUUAUCCUGCGGAACCGAAAGCGCUCCAAGAGGAGGGACGCCAACUCCUCGGCGUCCGAAAUCAACUCCCUACAGACAGUCUGCGAUUCUUCCUACUGGCACAAUGGGCCUUACAAUGCUGACGGGGCCCACAGAGUGUACGACUGUGGCUCGCACUCUCUCUCAGACUAAGCCUCUGACCGCCCCCCCCCCCACCACCACCACCCUCCACCCCGAGAGGGGAGGGGAGCAAGACAGCACUAUAGCCGGCCCCUCCCCCCAUCACAGCACCCGUGCCGCCAAGCAUCCCAGGGGACAGGAGACCAUUGACAUGAACCUAGCUCCAAUCCCCUCGUGGACAUAAGUAAAUAAAUAAGUAUGAACUCACUGGCCCUUUAGCUCCGCUCAGAAAACAAAGAGCAAACUGUGGCCGGCUUCCAGAGCGCGGCCGGCCGGCACUGGCUCAGCUCUCGCUCUGAGCUCCUUUUCACUGAGAAGCCAGCCUGGGGACCGCCAGAAGAAUUGAGCGUCCUUGGUCUGGGCAGAGCGUCCUGUGGGGUGACUCUAUACAUAUAUACAUAUAUCCACAUCUAUAUAGAGAGAUAGAUUAUCUAUUUUUCCCCUUGUGGAUAAGCCCGGUGAUGGCUCCCUGUUGGCUGUGCAGGGAUGGGCAAGUUGCACGAAGGCAUGAAUGUAUUGUAAAUAAGAAACUUUGACUCAUGACACGAAAAAUAAAUAAUAAAAAAAGAACAACAUCAUUAUCAACAACAACAACAACAUCAAAAAAAUAAAAAAAAUAAAAAAAAAAACAACAAAAAGUGCUGCAUGGCUCGCAUGGAAUCCACGCGCUCCAGGGACUCUGCCCCUAUCCUGUGACUGGAGAAGGCGUCACAGCACCCACCCUCUUACCUGAUAAGUCCCAUCGUAUCAAACUUUCUAUAAACAAAAUACAGUAUAAUCAGAAAGUGCCAUUUCACCAUCAUUUGUGAUUGGUAGGCAGUUCAGAGAGUAUGUUUACUGUGAAAAAAAUGUAAAGGUUUUAUUUAAGACAUUUGCAUGGCUCGUUAUCAGUUCAUUUUAUGAGUUAACAAUGUAUUUUGUUGAGGAAGUUUUUAGGGGUUGUUUUGGGUUCUUUUCUUUUGAUGGUGUUGUUUGAUUUCAUUUUAGUUUUUGAGGGGGAAUAUUUUUCUAUACAUAUCCAAUAAUGCCUUCCAUCUGAAUGUAAAAUAAGUACCCAUGAUUUCUAUUAUAUUAUCAGUGUAAUUAUUUAAGGGAAAAAAAAGAUUUUGAGGCAGUUAAGCAUGACCAAUUAAUGUCACUCUAGUGCUUAGGCUGCGAUCCUAUGGUAGCAAUUGUGUGCUGGUAUAAAUCUUACUUAUAAAGUAGGAACAAAGAACUGAGGAAGCACGUGAAACUUACUAAUUCUAUUGGAGGAUUUUAUAAUGGCAUAUUUUUUCAGUAUUAAAGUGAAAAUGUUUUCAAA